GGGGGUGGGGGCCUGCCGGCGCCUGAAGCUUAGAGGCAGAAGCCGCUCGAGCCGUGGGGGCGUAGGCUGGGUGUCUAGAGGAGGCGCGAGGGAUCUGGCAAGGGUCUGGCCCUCGGGGCCCCGGCCUGAGGCGGGAAGCGGCUCCAGAGCUGCCGUGGCAGGCAGGCAGGCAAGAUGACUUCUCUGCCCCAAGCUUGGAACAGCUGAAGGAAACAGCAGUACAAGAUGAGAACAACAAGGGUCUACAAACUCGUCAUCCACAAGAAGGGCUUUGGGGGCAGUGAUGAUGAGCUAGUCGUGAACCCCAAAGUGUUUCCUCACAUCAAGCUUGGAGACAUUGUAGAGAUUGCUCAUCCCAGUGAUGAAUACAGCCCUCUGCUUUUGCAGGUCAAAUCUCUUAAAGAAGAUUUACAGAAAGAAACUAUCAGUGUAGAUCAGACUGUGACUCAGGUGUUUCGACUAAGACCUUACCAAGAUGUCUAUGUGAAUGUUGUAGACCCUAAGGAUGUGACCCUUGACCUAGUGGAAUUAACUUUCAAGGAUCAGUAUAUUGGCCGUGGGGAUAUGUGGCGACUAAAGAAAAGUUUGGUCAGCACAUGUGCCUAUAUUACCCAGAAGGUGGAGUUUGCCGGAAUCAGGGCACAGGCUGGUGAGCUGUGGGUUAAGAAUGAGAAGGUCAUGUGUGGUUAUAUCAGCGAAGAUACUAGGGUGGUGUUCCGUUCUACGUCAGCUAUGGUUUACAUAUUUAUUCAGAUGAGCUGUGAAAUGUGGGAUUUUGAUAUUUAUGGGGAUCUGUAUUUUGAGAAAGCUGUGAAUGGUUUCCUUGCUGAUCUCUUUACCAAGUGGAAGGAGAAGAACUGUAGUCAUGAAGUAACAGUGGUUCUAUUUUCUAGAACUUUCUAUGAUGCAAAAUCUAUUGAUGAAUUUCCUGAAAUAAACCGAGCCUCAGUUCGACAAGAUCACAAGGGGAGAUUCUAUGAAGACUUUUAUAAAGUGGUGGUGCAGAAUGAGAGAAGAGAAGAGUGGACUUCACUCCUCGUGACCAUUAAAAAACUCUUCAUCCAGUAUCCAGUGUUGGUGCGACUGGAACAGGCAGAGGGCUUUCCUUUAGGAGACAAUUCUACCUCAGCACAAGGAAACUACCUAGAGGCCAUCAAUCUGUCAUUCAACGUGUUUGACAAGCACUACAUCAACCGAAACUUUGACCGAACUGGGCAGAUGUCUGUGGUGAUCACACCUGGGGUGGGUGUCUUUGAAGUGGACCGCCUACUCAUGAUCUUGACCAAGCAGCGGAUGAUAGAUAAUGGAAUUGGCGUAGACUUGGUGUGCAUGGGAGAGCAACCGUUACAUGCUGUCCCAUUGUUCAAGCUACAUAAUCGGAGCUCUCCUCGGGAUUCUCGUCUAGGCGAUGACUAUAAUAUUCCUCACUGGAUAAACCACAGUUUCUACACAUCCAAAAGCCAGCUCUUUUGUAACAGUUUCACCCCACGAAUAAAACUGGCAGGAAAGAAGCCUGCCUCUGAGAAAGCAAAAAAUGGCUGUGAUACGUCUCUCGGGACUCCAAAAGAAUCUGAGAAUGCCCUUCCCAUCCAAGUAGAUUACGAUGCCUAUGAUGCUCAAGUGUUCAGGCUGCCUGGCCCAUCCCGGGCUCAGCGCCUAGCUCCUUGCAGGUCUGUGCGUGAGCGGGAGAGUCAUAAUCGAAAGAGCGCCAGCUCCUGUGAUGUUUCAUCCAGCCCUUCCCUGCCGAGCCGUGCACUGCCCAGUGAGGAAGUAAGGAGCCAGGCUUCCGAUGACAGCUCUCUGGGCAAGAGCGCCAACAUCCUGAUGAUCCCACACCCCCACCUGCACCAGUAUGAAGUUAGCAGCUCCUUGGGCUACACCAGCACUCGAGAUGUCCUGGAGAACAUGGUGGAGCCACCGCAGCGAGACUCCAGCGCACCAGGGAGGUUCCACGUAGGCAGUGCAGAGUCCAUGCUACACGUUCGGCCUGGUGGAUACACGCCCCAGCGAGCACUAAUUAACCCCUUUGCUCCCUCACGAAUGCCCAUGAAGCUCACGUCCAACAGAAGGCGCUGGAUGCACACUUUUCCUGUGGGUAUGAAUCCUAGGACCCAGAAUAAGGAUUCUUUAGAGGACAAUGUUUCUCCCUCUCCAGACCCAAUUCUGACACUGUCUGCUCCCCCUGUAGUGCCAGGCUUCUGUUGCACAGUUGGAGUGGACUGGAAGUCUCUCACUACUCCGGCGUGCCUCCCCCUCACCACCGACUACUUCCCUGACCGCCAGGGCCUGCAGAAUGACUACACGGAGGGCUGUUACGAUCUUCUCCCAGAAGCAGACAUCGACAGGAGGGAUGAAGAAGGUGUGCAGAUGACAGCCCAGCAGGUGUUUGAAGAGUUCAUCUGUCAGCGUCUCAUGCAGGGCUACCAAAUCAUAGUGCAGCCAAAGGCUCAGAAACCCAACCCUGCUGUCCCGCCCCCACUGAGCAGUAGCCCACUCUAUAGCCGAGGCCUGGUGUCCCGAAACCGCCCCGAGGAGGAGGACCAGUAUUGGCUAAGUAUGGGCAGAACUUUCCACAAAGUGACGCUGAAGGAUAAAAUGAUCACAGUGACACGAUACCUUCCCAAGUACCCUUAUGAAUCUGCCCAGAUCCACUACACCUACAGCCUCUGCCCUUCCCACUCAGACUCGGAGUUCGUCUCCUGUUGGGUGGAAUUCUCCCACGAGCGGCUGGAGGAGUACAAGUGGAACUACUUAGAUCAGUAUAUCUGUUCUGCUGGCUCUGAGGACUUCAGCUUAAUUGAGUCCCUGAAGUUCUGGAGGACCCGCUUCUUGCUGCUGCCAGCCUGCGUCACAGCCACCAAGCGCAUCACAGAGGGGGAGGCCCACUGCGACAUCUAUGGGGACAGGCCCCGUGCAGAUGAGGAUGAGUGGCAGCUCCUGGAUGGCUUUAUCCGCUUUGUGGAGGGGCUGAACCGGAUCCGCAGGCGGCAUCGCUCAGAUCGCAUGAUGCGGAAAGGGACCACCAUGAAAGGCCUGCAGAUGACUGGGCCCAUUUCCACGCACUCCCUUGAGUCAACUGGCCCCCCAGUUGGGAAGAAGGGAACCUCAGCUCUGUCUGCCCUGUUGGAGAUGGAGGCCAGUCAGAAGUGCCUAGGAGAACAGCAGGCAGCUGUGCAUGGUGGGAGGAGCUGUGCCCAGCCAGCCGAGAGCAGCAGCGUUGUCAUGACUCCCACCUACAUGGACAGCCCACGAAAGGACGGGGCCUUCUUUAUGGAGUUUGUCCGCAGCCCACGCACAGCAUCAUCCACCUUCUACCCUCAGGCAUCUGUGGACCAAACAGUCGCUCCAGUGUUGGAUGGCACUGGUUUGGGGGUAAGCACAGGCCAAUCCGUGGACAGAGGCAACAGCCAGACCUUUGGGAACUCUCAGAACACAGGAGAACAGGGCUUCCCCUCUGCAAACUCCAGUGAUAGCAGCUCUCAGCAGCUGGCGGCAAAUUCCUUGACCUCAUCCUCCACCCUGGUGGAGAUCCUGGAAGCCAUGAAGCACCCCUCGACAGGAGUCCAGCUGCUCUCUGAACAGAAGGGCCUCUCACCGUGCUGCUUCAUCAGUGCUGAGGUGGUGCACUGGCUGGUGAACCAUGUGGAGGGGGUCCAGACACAGGCAAUGGCCAUCGACAUCAUGCAGAAAAUGCUGGAAGAACAGCUCAUCAUGCAUGCAUCUGGAGAAGCCUGGCGGACCUUCAUCUAUGGCUUCUAUUUCUACAAGAUAGUUAUGGACAAAGAGCCCGACCGAGUGGCCAUGCAACAGCCCGCCUCCACCUGGCACACGGCAGGGGUGGAUGACUUUGCCAGUUUCCAGCGCAAGUGGUUUGAAGUGGCCUUUGUGGCAGAAGAGCUCUUGCACUCCGAGAUUCCUGCCUUCCUCCUGCCCUGGCUGCCCAGCCGGCCAGCCUCCUAUGCAAGCAGGCACAGCUCCUUUAGCCGCAGUUUUGGAGGACGGAGCCAGGCGGCUGCACUUUUAGCUGCCACUGUCCCAGAACAGAGAACUGUGACCCUGGACGUUGACGUGAACAACCGCACAGACAGGCUGGAGUGGUGCAGCUGUUAUUACCACGGCAACUUCUCCUUGAACGCAGCCUUCGAGAUCAAGCUACACUGGAUGGCAGUGACAGCUGCAGUGCUCUUUGAGAUGGUCCAAGGUUGGCAUCGAAAAGCCACCUCCUGUGGCUUUUUGUUGGUCCCAGUUUUGGAGGGUCCUUUUGCCCUGCCCAGUUACCUGUAUGGCGAUCCCCUUCGAGCCCAGCUCUUCAUUCCGCUCAACAUCAGCUGCUUGCUCAAAGAGGGCAGUGAGCAUCUGUUUGAUAGCUUUGAACCAGAAACAUACUGGGAUCGAAUGCACCUUUUCCAGGAAGCCAUUGCACACAGGUUUGGGUUUGUGCAAGAUAAAUAUUCUGCCUCCGCUUUUAACUUCCCUGCUGAGAACAAGCCUCAGUACAUCCAUGUUACAGGAACAGUGUUUCUGCAGCUGCCCUACUCCAAGCGCAAGUUUUCGGGGCAGCGGCGGCGGCGGAACUCCACCAGCUCCAGCAACCAGAACAUGUUCUGCGAGGAGCGGAUUGGCUACAACUGGGCCUACAACACCAUGCUCACCAAGACGUGGCGCUCCAGUGCCACAGGGGACGAGAAGUUUGCUGAUAGGCUGCUGAAGGACUUCAUGGACUUCUGCAUCAACCGCAACAACCGGCUGGUCAUGUUCUGGACAAGUUGCCUGGAGAAGAUGCAUGCCAGUGCCCCGUGAGGCCGGGCUGCACUGGGGUAGAAGUCUGUGCCUAUGCUGGGGAUGGGGGAGAGCCUUCACCCUCAAACCCAGGAUGAAGGGUCCUGGUUAGGCCCUCGGUGUCAGGUAUCAGUUUGCCACUGUUGAUGAGUGGGGGCCGUUGCUUCUUUUCGACAGCCUCCGCCACACACAAGUGUUCUUCUGCUUGAGGAGAAAGCCUUUGGAAGCAGCUGCAAGUGCCCAGAGCAGGUGGGAGGCACAGACUGUCCGUGGGAGGUCUUCAGUGCCUGGGUAAGGGGGCAGGCCACCCCCAUGAAUGUCCUCAGAGAGGGGCUGGCUCCUGUUAGCAUCCUUUUCCUCCACCAUUUGUGGGGUAUUCGGAACAGAAUCACCGCUUCCCACCCAGGAGUGUGCACGGGGUGUAAGAUAAUUUUGUGAAAUAGUGUACCAUAUAUUCACACCAACUGUAUAUACCUGUACAUAU